GUUUGAUCCAAAACGAGCUGUACAACAGCUUCGAGCUUGUGGUGUACUCGAAACCAUUCGGAUAAGUGCUGCUGGCUUCCCAUCAAGGUGGACAUACCAAGAAUUCUUUAACCGCUAUCGUGUCCUGAUGAAGCAGAAAGAUGUCCUCAGUGACAAAAAGCUGACAUGCAAAAAUGUCCUGGAGAAAUUAAUCAAGGAUGAGGACAAGUACCAGUUUGGUAAAACAAAGAUUUUCUUCCGCGCUGGGCAAGUGGCCUACCUGGAGAAGCUGCGAGCAGACAAACUCCGAGCUGCUUGCAUCAGAAUCCAGAAGACAAUUCGGAGCUGGCUGCAGCGGAAGAAGUAUCUCCGCAUGCGAAACGCUGCGAUUACGAUUCAGCGAUAUGUGCGGGGCUACCAAGCCAGAUGGUACGAUGCUUUCCAAACCAAUCGGUUAUCUCUCGGUGCAAACCUAUACUUGUGCAGCAGUACAUUGGCACUGCCUCUUCAACAGGGUUGA